UUCAUUACGCAUUUGAUGUCCGUGUAACCUUUGAACAUCCUGACAAUAUCUAAAUGUUAGAAAGGUCACUCAUAAAACUUGGAAAUAACUUUGCUGUGGGUGUGAAACAUACAAAAGUAAUGCAGCCAUGUCAAUGAUUUUUACAAGACUAUAUUAGCAGCAAUCUCCCACUCAAAAUAAUAAAAAGAAAAAAAAUGAGUAUAAACAAGCAUUUUUUUCAUUAGUCUUCAGAGGCAUAUUAAAGAAAUUGUGCUGAUUGUACGUGUAUCACAUGACCUGUCACUGGGAGGUGCUGUGCUUCUAAGUUCUGUUUUCAGUAAAAUGAAACUGAAAACAACAAGCACAGAGCAGAAAGAAUGGCGACUGCGAAAAUCACUGAUGAUAAUUUUUUGUGUCCUGUUUGUUUGGACUUGUUUAAAGAACCUGUAAUACUGGAAUGUGGACAUCACUUCUGCAAAUCCUGUAUAGAUAAAGCCUGGAACUCCCAGGACAUUAUCAUGUGUCCUGAGUGCAGACAUGAAUUCCCUGCCAAGAAGUACAUCGUUAACAGGCUGUUGAGUAACAUUGUUGAGACAGCUGAAAGGGCCCAGCAAUGUGAGGAAGCAGAAAAACUAUACCAGCAGCAGAAGACACAAUGUGUACUUCAAUCACACGAAUGCUUAGAGCAUAAAGAGCUACUGAAAGUGUUUUGUCAAGAAGAUGGAAGCCCUGCAUGUGUAGUCUGCAUGAUAUCAUCUAAGCAUGCGGGGCACAAAUUCCUCCCCCUGCAGGAAGCAGUCAACAUGUUUCAGGAAAAUCUGAAAACUGCUGAAACUACUCUAAAGCACAGAAUGAACAAUCUAAAUGAACAUCAAAAGAAGCAAGAACAGCUUAUCUCUGGUAUCCAGGAUGAAGUUCAGAGCUUGGAACAGCACAUUACAUCAGAGUUUGCCAAACUGCGACAGUUUCUCCAGGACAAGGAACAACAGCUGAUCCAACAGCUCAAGGAGGAAGCUGAAGGAUUUCUGGAAAAGAUGGCAAAAAACUUAGAGAAAAUUGAAGAAAUGAAUGAGGCUAUUCAGAAGCAUAAAUCCAACAUUGAAUCCACAUUGCAGCAGGACGACUCUGUACUUUUUUUUAAAGGCAUCACAGAUGAAAUAAAAAGUAUCGCAGAAAGACUAGAAGAGGAAGAGAAGGAAGAAAAACAAAAUAAAGUGAGGAAAGGUGUAUUUAAUGCUGAACUGAUUUAUGGCAGCCUAAGUCUUGGGGUAUACAGAGCCCCCCACCAGUACAGAAUUUGGAAAGAAAUGCUGUCUGUCAUCAACCCAGGCCUGUCUCAUCUGACCUUGGACCCUAACACAGCACAUCCUGGGCUCACUCUGUCUGAGGACCUUACCAGUGUCACAUAUGGUGCUUCUAAGCUUCAGUUCUUUGACAACCCUAAAAGAUAUGAUUCACAUCCCUGUGUGCUGGGAUCACAGGGCUUCACAUCAGGAAGGCAUUACUGGGAGGUGGAGGUGGGGUGCAAGAUGGACUGGCAUUUAGGUGUUACUACAGAGUUCAGCAACAGGAAGGGGAUAGUUGCAAUGAACCCAAAGUGUGGAUAUUGGGUAAUAUCUCUGACUGUCAACAUGUACCAUGCUCUGGAUCUGUCAAUCCCACUUCUCGGACUAAGUGUGAAACCACAAAAGAUUGGAGUGUACCUAGACUAUGAGGGAGGUCAGGUGUCAUUUUAUAAUGCUGAUAACAUGUCCCACAUCUACACCUUUACUGAUACUUUCACAGAGAGACUUUACCCUUAUUUUUGGGUUGGGUUUGAUUCAGAACCACUAAACCAAUUUCAGCUUAAACUGUAAUGAUGACUUGCACAUACCAAUGUUUAUUGUCAAGCAAAUUAUUGAUGUAUCCAAAUGUCUAUAAAAUACAUUUUAGUCACUGUAUAACAAAGUAAAAACAUACUUAUUUCAGAACUGCUAUAAGUAGAGGUAUAUUUAUAAGUGAGAGAUAUUAGUGGAUAAUUAAACAGUUGCAUAAAUUUAUUUCAUUGUACUGCACUCCCAAUACACAAGUGUUAUUUGCACUGGGUGGGGUGGGGUGCUGAAACAUUUUUACAUGAAUCCUAAGAGAAAAUUGCAUUUCUUCCAAGUAAAAGUUUGAACAUUAUAUACAUCACUGCAUAUGGAACUUACUGCUGCCAAAAAGUCAUAUGGCCAAAGUCAAGGCUCUUACUUAAGUCAUACAUAUAGCAGUGUCUGCUUGUGGAGCCAUUUGUUUGUGAAAAGCAUAAUAGGUGAACUUAUAGAGCAUUUAUAUGAUGUAAAAAGAAAAGAAGUAAAAAUACCGAUUGCUAGGAAAUAUGCAAUCGCAAAUUUGUACUCAGUACUCCAUAGCAGCCUUGGAAAGUUAAAAUUGUAGUAUCUUACCAAGAUAUCAGUUAGCAUUUGCUCUGAAUUUUCGCCAACAUUCUAGACUUUUACAUUUGAUGAAAAGCUACAAAUGCCUUUUUAUGAACUAUUUACUAAAUGUUAUUAUUGCAAAAUAUUAUACUUGCUUAUUCAUCUUAAGAAGAAUGUCUUAGAACUUCUGUUAACUAAGUUUUGAUUGUCUGGAAUUUCAUUACCUGUUGUAUUUUACAAGUGAAGUGCCAAACAAAAAUAAAGGAUUGCGUUUCA